GUUAUACUUCAGGCGUUUGAUGUUUGAAUUGCAGGCGAUUGUUGCAGAAUUGACGAGAGAGUAUGUAUCAAACAUCAUCGUCCAAUGCACCUCGUCGGGAUCUGUCGACCUCUAAUAGAAUGGUAGACGUUAAUGCCGUGCAGACCGCCCGACUCUACCAAGUCUGGAAAGGAAGUAAUAAAUUCAUCUGUGGGGGCAGACUUAUAUUUGGGCCAGAUUUCAGAUCAAUAUCUUUCACGUUGUUCUUGAUUUUGGUUCCAGUACUCUCCUUUUGUGUAUUUGUUUCACAAAGCCUCGUCAAUAAGCUCCCACAUCGAAUAGGCUAUAUUCUCCAAGCAGUAACAAUUCUCUUCACCACCUAUAUUAUAAUUCUGCUGUUUGUGACUUCGGGAAGAGACCCUGGAAUAAUUCCCAGAAAUUCCCGCCCCCCAGAGCCAGACGAGGAAGUAGAUACGUCGAGUCUCUCAACAGACUGGGCCGGGAGUCAGAGUGGCAUAAGUUUGCCCCCAACGAAGAGCGUCACAGUGAAUGGGAUAGUAGUGAGGGUAAAAUACUGCCAAACGUGCAUGCUAUACCGGCCACCACGCUGCUCUCAUUGCUCUAUUUGUAACAAUUGUGUUGAACGGUUUGAUCACCACUGCCCUUGGGUGGGACAAUGCAUAGGAAGGAGAAAUUAUAGGCACUUUUUCAUGUUUGUUUCCUCUACAACUCUCCUGUGCAUCUACAUUUUUUCGUGCUGUUGUGUAAGCAUUAGGCUAAUUAUGAAAGCAGAAAAUAGCUCUUUCUGGGAGGCUUUUGCCGAAUCACCUUGUUCCGGAAUUCUUAUCAUCUACACAUUCACCGUUUCUUGGUUUGUUGGAGGCCUCACUGCAUUUCACAUAUACUUGAUCCUCACCAAUCAGACAACAUAUGAAAAUUUUCGGUACCGCUACGAAAGGAAAAUGAAUCCCUACAACCUUGGCUUUGCCCACAAUUUUAAGGAGAUUUUUUGCUCGAAAAUACCGGAUUCAAAGAACAACUUCCGUGCAAUGGUGAAAGUGGAAUUGCCAUCAAGCUUCAACACUUCUGCCUACCCAAGCCGAGCUACGAGCCCAGAAAUGCCCAACGUGAGCCAUAACAUAGAUAUUGAGAAAAGGCAAGGUAUUGAGAAAGGCGAGUUUGAAGACUUGCGAAGGCAGAUUAGGAGCAUGGGUGACUUAGAGAGAUGCGAACCUCACCCUUUGCGAAAUAAUAAGAGGGAACACCACAAAUCCACUUGGGAGAUUGGUCCUGAUUCACAUGUAACGAAUGUUAAGUUUCGGGAUGAAGAUGGUAUAAAGCAUUGAGGGAUAGAAGAUUGAAAAGAGUGCAUAUAUGCCCCAGAGAUUAUAAUUAUGUCUUUCAGAAGUGGACACCGUAUUGAUCUUUAGGGAUUCCGAAGAUUCAGUUCCUUGGGAAUGAGAGGAGUAAUAUGAUCUCUCAGCUGCCUUGUGGAAAGUGAUGAGGAAGUACUAAACUGUUUGUAAUGCC